AUGGCAUCAGAAGAAGACUAUCGACAGCAAGAACUGGUGCGAACUUUCUCUAAGAAGAAAAUAACUACCAUUUUGGAGUUCUAUAUGGCUCUCUCGUCAUCACUGACAAACUGUAAUGCACGCCAGUUCGAUGUUCCGCCCUCAUACCUCAUCGACGGCUUAUUACCGUAUGGUCUGAUGCCGUACAAAGGUCUGGCACAGCCUCGGCAAAUCAUAAUUGAUGAGCCGUGUACACUUUGUGAAGGGAUUGGAGAAGAAUCACCGAAGAUUCAAUGCGAUUUCUGUAAAUAUGUGUAUCAUAUCGAUUGUCUUCGCUUCCCUUUAUGUUCCCCACCUUCCGAAGCAUGGAUGUGUCCGAAUCAUGUGGAACCUAUUGUGGAUUUGAAGCUGCUGUCCUCCAUAAGCUUCACUGAGCGCCGUCGUAUAUGGGCAAAGUAUGCAAGGCAACCCGUUGAUGAAAUGACCAUACGAAGGAAAUUUGUGGAGAAGGUAAUCAGUGAUCGUCCAGAGCUAAGGAAAUGUAUCUUGAAAGACAAAAUUUUAUCGAAGAAGUGA